UCUACUGUGGGGAGGACACCCAGGAGAGCUGCAUUCCUGAGGCAGCCAGCGAGGGAGGAACGAGAGGAGAGAACUGCAGAAGGCGAAAGAACGAGAGGGAGAGGUUGAAAAGUGGCGGAGCAGCGGCCGCAGCUCUACACGCUCGUCGCGACCGUGUCAGACCGCGUCUGACCUCCCUCCGCUGGACCGCCGCACUACCUCCCUCACGCUCGCUCGCUCGUUCCCUUCCGGCGCACCAGCCGCGCACAGCCUGCUCUCCGGCUCUGUCAAGAGGCGCAUUCACCUGGGCGAGAGAGCGACUAAGAGAAAAACAAAAAGACAGAAGGGGGGGGGGGACUGAAAGGAAGGGAAUCGUCCCUUCAUUUGACAGUGCCAUGCAGUGUUGAGCUGAGCUGAGCCGAGCCAAGCUGAUCUAAUUUGAAGUCCAUCUGACCCUUCACCCCACCCAACCUGGUCCAAAAUGGAGCUGAAAGUGUGGGUGGACGGAGUGGUGCGUGUGGUGUGUGGCCUGUCCGAGGAGACUUCCUGCCAGGAUGUGGUCAUUGCUCUUGCACAGGCCAUUGGUCAGACAGGCCGUUAUGUUUUGAUCCAGCGUCUGAGGGACACAGAGAGGCAGCUGCUGGCCACCGAGAGGCCUCUGGAGUCUCUGGCUAAGCUAGGCCAGCAUGGCAGUGAGGUUCAGUUCUUCCUGCGCCGUACUGGGCCGAGCAGUGACGGACCUGUGACUAAACAAGACAAACUAACCCCAAACCCCUUGCCCAGACACUCGGAGCCAGAGCUUUCCAAACGCAGUCAGCCCAAGAAGGCCCUCACUUUCAACCUCGGCCCGUCCACCUCCCCAAAAACCAAAGCCAGUCAAUUAAGGAGGUCUCCCCGGGACUCACCGGAGCAGAGAGCUUCCCCUUCUCCCUCCCCCAGCCCUGUAUCCCUGCUUGUGCCAUCUCCCUCUGCCUCUCCUCCAGUGGGACCGUCCAAAGAGGAGGUCUUUCGACAGGUUCUCCAGCAACAAGAGAGACUGAGGGCUAUUGAGGUCCAGUUAGAGGCCCUAGAGAGGGAGUCACGUGCCUGGGAGUGUCCCUCCCCAUCCCCUUGCACCUCCCCUGUCUCCGAUGCUCACUUCCAAGAAGAAUUGGAGGUUCUGGAGGUAGCACUGAGGAGGAACCAGGCUGAGCUGGCGCACGAGUUGUUCUGGGAAGAGGAGCUACGAGCAGAGAUGGAGAGGGAGCGAAGUAUGAGACGGAAGCUAGGGGAUCUCCAUGCCAAGAUGGAUGACUGCGGCAGGCGGCUCCACGACUUCUCAGUUCGCUCCACUCAGCUUGAGGAAGAGAUCCAACGGGAGAGCCAGUCAGGUGGGCUCCAGGCGGGGAGAGCUAAUGGUGGCGGGCUUGAAGAGUCCCUAGAUGCUGUGAAGGCAGAGCUCCAGAGCCAGGACAAGCAAGGGGCAGAGCUGGGGGAGCAGCUAUCUGAGACUGAACAGGCUCUGGGGAAAGCUGAGACUCUGCUGCAGGACGGGCAGAAAGAGCUAGAGGAGCUGAACAAGGAGCUGAGGCAAUGUAACCUACAGCAUUUUAUUCAACAGACAGGAGUCCUGCCGUCACCAGCCCACUCACGGACUGAACUCCAGGAACAACUGGAGCAGCUGGAACUGGCACAUCUGCUGCAGGACGGAUACAGGAAUGGAAGCCUCAGUCUUGCUCCGUCGGAGUCACCGCCUCGCCCCACUGCCAAACAGUUCCUGGGACAUCCACGCAACCUACAGAACCCUCUGGUUUCCAGUCUCAACCCUGAGGUCCUGACAUCCAGCGAGACGUCAUGGAGGUAAAACAUGGACCACAGGGCCAAGAGAACUAUUUCACUGUUAUGUCACCGACAACUCGUAUUUAACCCCUUUCCACUGUAACUGUUGUUGUUAUUCAGAUUAUCAUUAUAUACAUAUUGUAUAUACAUAAGACGGAUAUAUUUACAGCAUUUUGCUACUGUACACACUACAAAGUAUAUGUAUUAAAUGUAAAAUAAUUUAGGAAACUUUUACCUAGAGCAUAAUUGCUGUCUAUGUAUUUAAAUACAAUAAAAAAAAUGUGCAUUGUGAUUUACA